AUGAAAAAGAUUUUCCGUAGACUCCAACCCAAGGACAUAGUGAAUUCCAUGGUUCGAAGAUUCUCGUCGCUUUCGAGUUCUGUCCAAACUUGUUUGAUAUAUGCUCUAAGCAUUGCACGCCAAUGGGAGCAACCGACAACAUCUGGACCGCCAUGGAACCAAACCGAGCCAAGCAAAGCGUCAACGGCGUUUCAACCAUCGACGAUUGAAUCCCUCACUCUAAUCUCUCGGUUGAUGCCGCUCUUUCUUUUCCCCUCAUGGUCCCUCGCGUCAUCGCGUUGUGUAAGGAUCUGUUUCCGAAAUGGGCGAAUUAUAACGAGUCCUGCUUCUCCUUCGAAACUGUAUCAGGCGGCAUCACGAAUCUUCAGCUAAAGGUUCUGUGAAGGAAGAAAAUAAAGAAAAUAUGCCUGUAACAGUUGAUUAUAUGGACCUAACACAGAUUAUGUCAUCAACCGGGAAC